AUGAUUUUUGGUGACAAUUAUACUGAAUGGAAGGAGAAAGUCCUUCUCACUUUAGGGUUCUCGGAUCUGGACCUGGAACUCCGUGUGGAUGAACCAUCUAUUCCCACGGAAUCAUGUACGCCAGCAGCUAAUGUUGAUUAUGAGCGGUGGAAGAAUUUAAUACUCAUUAAAGCCCAUAUAAGCCAAAGCAUUAGGGGUUCUAUCCCUAAUAGAAAUAAGUUCAAAGCUUACAUUAAGGUAAUUGAUGAACAAUUUAUAAGCUCUAACAAGGCAUUAACCAGCACCCUUAUGAAGAGGCUCUCAAGUAUGACUUUUGACAGAAGUCGUACAGUGCGUGAGCACAUUAUGGACAUGAGAGACAAUGCUGCUAAACUCAACUCUCUUAAGGUUGAUAUGUCUGAACCAUUUCUUGUGCAUUUCAUUCUCAUCUCUCUUCCUGUGGAAUAUGGUCCGUUCAAUAUUUAUUACAACACACACAAAGAUAAAUGGUCAAUCAAUAAACUCUUGACUAUGUGUGUUCAAGAAGAAAAGAGGUUGAAGCAUGGGACACCUGAAAGUGUUAAUUUGGUGACUCUUGGUAAGAGAAAUGCAAAGAAGGACAAAAGUGUUCCCACGAAGAAAAAAAGCACUUUUGACAAAGAUGCUUGUCGUUUCUGUAAGAAGAAGGGACACUGGAAGAAGGAUUUGAAAUACAAGAAAUGGCUUGAGAAGAAACGUGAUCACGCCCAACUAAAGUCCUAA